GAGCCGAGGAGCGGUCGGUGUGAGGAGCCGGCGGCGCGCGCUCCUCCGGUGCCAUGGUGCGUCCGCCGAGCUGACCGACGGCGGCCGCCGCCUCAGCUGGGAGCGGCCGCGGCAGCCGCGCGACAUGCCCGGCAAACGGGUCGAGUUCCGGCCCACAGUCCUGGUCUGCGAUGGGUCUCCGGAGCGACUGCACGACUCGACGCCCCGGCCGCGGCCGCGGAGCGCGCCCGGGCGCCAGCAGCAGCAGCAGCACCAGCCGCCGCCACCGCCGCCACCGCCGCCUCCGCCGCCGCCGGUGGUUCCGGCGCCCGUGUGUCCUCCCGUGUGUCCGCCGCCGGCGCGGGGUCGAGCGGACGGCGCCGAUGAGCGGCGAACUCAGACUCUGCCGGCGUCCGUGCGGGCGCCGCCGGUGGCGGUGCGCAGUCCGCCGCUGGUGGCGCCGGCCGGCCGCGCCGCCGAGCCGUGGCGGCCCGGCGGCGGCGGCACCCUUCCGGCGGCGACCCGGCCGCGGCCGCGCUCCGUGCCCAACGGCGCGUACGGGCCGGCCGAGUCGCACUCGGCGCAGUGCUUCCAGUGCUCGGGCGGCGCGCAGUGUUUCAGUGACGGCGCGCGGGCGGCGGCCGAGCGCGCCCGGCGGCCGGCCUCUGUGCCCGAUAGUGGCCACAUGGCGGCGCGCCACUAUCAGUACUCGGAGCUGACCGGCGCCAGUGGCAGCGGCGCCGGCGGCCAGCGCAGGACCUGGGUGAAGCCGGGCCGCGCCUCAGCCCCCACACUGGAGGGCGCCAACGGCCGCCGCUCGCCGGCGCGGCCGGCCGACUCGGCCAGCGCCGCCAGCCUGCUCAACCCGGAGACGGCGACGGGCCGCGAGCGUCCGCCGGCCACCGCGCUCCGCACCGCUACCUGUCUCUGCCGCGCUCAGGUGAUUGCGUUCAUCUGCGGCCUGAUCGUGCUGCUGCUGAUGGCUCUGGCGCUGGCCUCCAGCGACUGGCUCAUCAGCGACGGCUGGCGGCAGGGCCUGUUUGCCCACUGCACAGAGGAGGACGCCGGCCGGCCACUGCCCUUCGACCUGCCCUUCGAGCCCGGCUGCCACCGCGCCAGGGAUGUCGCGUACAUCAUCGUGUCGGAGGCGCUGGCUAUCUGCUGCAUGCUGCUGGACGCGUUCGCCACGCUGAUGGCCGGGCUGGGCCUGUGGAGCAAGGACACCAACAAAAAGUACCGCUAUUACCGCGCCGCCGUCUACGUCAUGAUCGUGGCCCUCAUCUCCAUUCUGAUCGCGCUGGUCGUGUACCCGGUCUGCUUCGCGCAGGAGCUGGAACAGAGCUACCAGCAGAACAACAUAGCAGGUAACCGGACCGUCUGGGAGUUCGGCUGGGCGUACGGCGUCGGCUGGGGCGCGGCCAUCUUCCUGUUCGGCGGCGUCAUCCUUCUGCUGUGCGACAAGGAGUCGGAGGAGAUCUACUACAAGGAGCGCACCAUCCUGCACGACGACCGCGCCAGCAGCGCCUGAGAGCUGGACGGAGAGCGCUCCGCCAGCCACCUGCAAUAUCUAGUCGGCGGCACGGCGGCCGGGCGGGCCGGCCGCGGCGUCCGCCGUGCCCGGGAGGUGUCCGCGCCCUGCCGUGCUGAACAGACGGAAGGCAUUUAGUGGGAACUGCUGUCGUGGGCGCCGUGCUGGGAGCUCUGCUCAGACCGCUGAGUCUGGUCAGACCACGGCCGCUGAGUCUGCUCAGACCGCUGAGUCUGGUCAGACCGUGGCGCGGAGUCUGUUCAGAGGCGGCCGCUGAGUCUGGUCAGACCGCGGCCCGGAGUCUGUCCGUACUGCGGCCAUGUCGGCCGCGGUGCGUGUCCAUGUAGCCGGCGCGCGGUGCCUGUGAUCCAAGCGGGUUGUGCCGGGGAAUACCGGCCCCAGUGCCGCCCACUGAGAGCGGUGCCGUCAGAGGGCCCCGAACGACGCUCCAGCCACCAGAGCGCGGCGCCGAGGCGCCCCAUUAUUUCACAUUGCUAGCGGACUAUUCACGCUUUAUUGAACGUUAACUGAUGAGAUGAGCUAGGCAGCUGCGAGUGUUAUGUGGCCAAAUCCGCUACUUUGGAUGUUACGCGAGUGUUUUCUCGAGAAGUGUGCGCGUUUCUGUGCGUAUGGGCGCGGCAAGGCGCUCUUUGGACGCGAGAGGGCUGAUGUUUUGGACGUGAGGGGCGCUGCGCGGCGACCGCUGCGGUCCGCGCGCCGGCGCUGUUUUCAUAUCAUCUGCGAUGGUGUGCGGGGUGCCGAGAGGCGCCGCCUGUGCGCCGUCGGACGGGGCGGCCGGUCACCGAGGGCCGUACCGCCGCGCUGUCUGGUGACGGCGCCGGCGGCCGGACGGCCCGGCUAAUACACGCCUCGACGAACA